GUGGUUGGAUUGGAAGUGUAAGCCUGUGUGUCAUUUGGUUUUCCUGGCUCUCUGUCUCAUAACUGUCCUCUGGAUUUCGGGGAUGGUUUGAAGAGGACCUGUAUGUGAUGCUUCCAGCACAGAGACCAGCAGUAUUCCCCCUGGUCGCCAUGCCAAAAUUUCAAUGAGGAUAGUGACGUUGCUUCAUUCAGGAACAUGAAGGGCUUAUCAGGUGGUCGCGCAUCGCACCAGAUUCCCACACUAUCCCCGUGUGAGCUGGCGGAGUGCGAACAUCUCCACGACCUGCAUGGCAUGCAUGUGUCUGACCUGGGCCACUCCUACCUGCUCAGCCCCACGGAGACCUGCGUCAUGGACUUCCAUCACCGCCUUUCACCCCGCAGCUCCAUCCACUCUGACUGCAUGAUCAUGUCACCCAUGGCUCUAACGUCCACUGCCCCUGCCGACCACGUCUCUAGCAGCACCUUCCCCAGAAUGCACUAUAGCUUGCAGUACUAUGACCCGGCCGCACGGGAAGACUACGCAGCCAUCCCCACAUCAGCCGCUGCAGCUGCUGCAACAACUGCAUCUCACCACAGCAGCAGCAAGAGCAACCGCAUCCCUGCCAACCUGCUGGACCAGUUCGAAAAACAUCUUCCGCUUCAUCGUGAUGGCUUCCACACACUGCAGUACCAACGCGCAUCUGCCACCGGUUGCGGCGAGCAGCGCAGUGAGAGUCCCGGACGUAUCCGCCACCUGGUGCACUCUGUCCAGAAACUCUUCACUAAGUCCCACUCACUGGAGGGAUCAUCCAAGAUGAAUGGUACUAAAGGUGACAGUGGGAGCGGAGGAAGUCAUCACCAUCACCACGGAAAUCAUCACUCAUCCAAGCAUGGCAGCAAACGCAGCAAAAGCAAGGAGCGCAGGCAUCGGUCAGGUACGGGGGGCUGGUGGAGCUCAGAUGACAACCUGGACAGCGAUAGCACCUUCCGCACAGCCAGUGCCAUGAGCCGCCACCAUUACGAGCUUGUUGGUCACAGUUUCCCAGAAUCCAUGCACAGUCACUUUGGAGAUCACUCUCUCAAAACCUCCAAAAGCAACAAUGACGUCAAGUGCUCGGCCUGUGAGAACUUGUCGAUGGCACCUGAUGGAAAGUUCAUGAAGAGGAGUUCGUGGUCCACCCUCACUGUCAGUCAGGCCAAAGAGGCCUAUCGAAAGUCCUCGCUUAAUCUGGAGAAGCCCAUGAUACAUCUGGACCUUAAACCUUCUUUCCGGUCCUCACAUUACCUACAGGUCCCUCAGGAUGAGUGGGGGGAUUAUCCAGGGAUUGAGGAGGAGAUACCAUGUCGCCGGAUGCGCAGCAGUAGUUACGUCAAGGCCAUGGGAGAUGAUGAUAGUGGUGAGUCAGAUACCAGCCCCAAGACAUCCCCUCAGAAGACUGUCCGGUCUGAUGCUCUUGUUCUCAAAUCAGCCUUGCAGAGGCCACAUAUAAACACCCAAAGCUCUGGCUACCACUUGCAAACAACGAGAGAUAUGCGCCCUCACCCCAGCGUGUCUCUGGAUCCAGCAAUCAACUUCAACCCUCCACAAUUUCGCUCCAGAAAUCAGAGCUACAUGCGUGCAGUCAGUACCUUCAGUCAGGCAAGCUGUGUCAGCCAGGUGAGUGAGACUGAGGUCAAUGGACAGUUUGAGUCAGUUUGCGAGUCCGUUUUUAGCGAAGUAGAAUCCCAGGCCGUGGAGGCCUUGGACCUGCCCGGCUCUUUCCGCACUCGAAGCCACAGUUACCUGCGUGCUAUUCAGGCUGGGUAUUCCCAAGAUGACGACUGCUUGCCAUCAAUGACUUCUUCUACUGUCACUUCAACUCUCAGAUCCACAACAGCGACAGUGACAUUCACACCUGGUUAUAAGAAGACUCCUCCACCUGUUCCACCUCGUUCCACCACUAAGCCACUGAUUUCCGUAACAGCACAGAGCAGCACAGAAUCAACGCAGGAUGCUUACCACGAAGGCCGUCUGCCACGUGGAGGGCUUUGGGCACCGGACAGCCUUGGCCAGGCUUUUUACCACUCAACUGACAGCCUGGACAGUGCUAAAGCGGUGACUCUAGCAAUGGAGACUGCUGGGUCAAAGCGACUCACGUCUGCAGGGAGCUAUAGCUCUGUGCAGACGUGUGAUAAGGCCAUCCUGGUGUCCAAAGCAGAGGAAUACCUCAAGACUCCACGCUCUUCUAUCGGAAUACAGGUGGAAGCGGCCACCGAUUCUGAGACAGAUAGUAAAGGUCUCCCACAGUAUCAGUCCGUGGGUAUCCAGGUAGAGGAUAAGAAGCGACUUGGACGCUUUAAACGGUCCUACAGUGUGACAACAGCAGUUCAGGCAGAUUUGGAGCUGGAGGGGUUUCCUUCGAUGGAGGACAAGAGUCUACAGUUUGGUGGAUUCCAGCGGCACUCUGAACCAAGUACACCCACACAGUACAGUGCGGUCCGGACCGUACGGACGCAGGGCCUCUUCAGUUACAGGGAGGAUUACCGGCCCUCCAGCGGACCGCCCAGCCCGCAGCCUGAACCCUGGCUGGUGGAACCCACUCAUGAAGCAGCUGAGUCCGGUCGCGUGUCGCCCCUCCGCCGCGAUGGCAGCUGGUUCAUGCAGCUUCUGCACAGCGAGACCAAACGUCUGGAGGGAUGGUGCAAAGAUAUGGAACGUGAGGCAGAGGAGCACGACUUGUCAGAAGAGAUUCUUGGGAAGAUCCGGAGUGCUGUGGGCAGUGCUCACCUCCUCAUGUCCCAGAAAUUCCAGCAGUUUUACUGGUUGUGUCAGCAAAAUCUAGACCCUAGUGCCAUGCCCCGGCCUACCGCUCAGGACCUGGCUGGGUUCUGGGAUCUCCUGCAGCUCUCCAUCGAUGAUGUCACUGCCAAGUUUGAUGAGCUUCAGCAAAUUAAAAGCAACGAGUGGAGAAUAGUGGAGAGUCCAGAGAAGAAGGAAGAAAGAAAAUGGCCGCCUCCUGUUUCAAAGAGGCCUCCUAAAGGUCGUGGAGGGGUCACGCGCGAGCGCUCCUUGGACCUGCAGGAUCGACAGAGGCAAGAGGCCCGGCGCAGAUUGAUGGCUGCUAAAAGGGCUGCAUCUUUCCGUCAGAACUCAGCAACGGAGCGGGCCGACAGCAUAGAGAUCUACAUCCCAGAAGCCCAAACCCGUUUAUGAAACACACACAUCCAGCUACACCUUCCUUACACCAAGGCGCUUCACUGACAGGGUACAUCCAUUCUGCUCCAUGUCAAAGCUCCACCCGCACAUAUUCUCACAUCUGUUACAAAUCUUGUUUAUGAUACACUUCUUUACUGCUAUUAUUUCAGCUCAUCUGGAGAUCAUCUAGUCUGAGCUGAGACAAUAGCGCAGAGUUUAUAUAUGCCUCAAACAGAGCUCAA